UCGGUCAUCAAUUCAUUGCAUCGUCUGUGUCUGUUUGCACUCUGCAGUUCGCUUGUGUAGUUGUGUUGUCAGCCAUUUUGAUACUGGAAUGACUAUUCAAUGAUAAAUAGUUUGGAUAUUCUUGUUUUUAUUAAUUAUUUAAGUUUAUUUUUUGGUCUGGUUUUAAAAUCAAACAGUUUUCAUGAGUGCGUAUUCAAAAAGUGAUAAAGCUCGUAUUACCGUAAAGGUGAGAAAUAUGAAGCGGAGUUCUAGUCGAGAUACGCCGCCUCUUCGAAGCAAAAGGUCCCGUUCCAGCAUCGGCCGAUAUGAUGACAGCUCGGACGAGCGGUUGUCUCCAGAAAGAGGUCGUCGGAGAAGUCGAGGAAGAUCUACAAGCCCAAGAUCGAGGUAUCCACCGGAAAGUUCUCAUCGUGAAGAUUAUGUUCGAUCAAGAGAAGUUGAAAGGUCAUAUCCUAGUUAUAAGGUACUCUGUGUUAGUGCAUUGCACCCUAAAGCUAGCGAUGAAGUUAUUAAGGAUACUUUAUAUCGUGAGUAUAAAAAGUUUGGUGAUCUCAGCAUAAGAAUCUCUCAUGACUUGGAUGAAAGAGUUGCUUACGUUUGCUUUCGUAGCUCUGAAGACGCCAGAGAUGCUAAACAUAACAAACCUAGAAUUAUUCUAUUUGAUAAGGUGGCUCUAGUUGAACCAGUCUAUGAGAGUAGUCGCAGCUCUAGUGAUGUUUAUCGUGGUAGGAGCCGCCCUAGAUCUAGAAGUUUAUCUCCUGAAUAUGAUAGAUACUAUCGACAUUCACCUGGUCCAGAUCGUCAUCGACCUCCUGAACGUGGAUAUGAGCGUAUGUACGGUCCUCCUCCUGUCAUUCCUCAUCGCGAAUUCAGACGAGAAGGCCCUCCUAUCCCACAUCAUGAAUUUAUUAGGGGCCCUCCAGUACAUCAUGGUCCCCCACCCCAUAUUCCACCUGGUCCACCACAUGGUCAUUAUGGCCCCCCUCGUCAUAUGGUCCACGGUUUUAAGCCACCUCCUCCACAUUUUGAGAAAGCAGAAAAUAAGAAAGAUAAAUUUCCCAACUAUUUGCACCAUGUUGCUCCUGAAGAUGAUCCUCUAGCCACUAGAACUUUGUUUGCUGGUAACUUGGAAAUCAAUAUUUCAGAAGAGGAAUUGAGACGCAUUUUUGGCCGUUAUGGUGUAGUUGAAGACAUUGACAUUAAACGCCCCCUCCCUGGAACAGGUAAUGCAUAUGCCUUUGUCCGCUACCAAAAUCUAGAUAUGGCACACAGAUCCAAGGUUGAGUUAUCUGGACAAUAUAUUGGAAAAUUUCAAUGUAAAAUAGGGUAUGGUAAGGCAACUCCAACAACAAGAAUUUGGGUAGGUGGACUUGGCCCUUGGACAUCUAUUGCGCAAUUGGAACGGGAAUUUGAUAGAUUUGGAGCUAUCAAGAAAAUAGAUUACAUAAAAGGUGACAAUAAUGCCUACAUUUUAUAUGACUCUAUUGAUGCUGCUCAAGCAGCAGUAAAGGAAAUGCGCGGUUUUCCAUUGGGAGGCCCCGAUCGAAAGCUAAGAGUUGACUUUGCUGAUGUAACUCCAGGGUAUGGAUUCAAACCUAGACCUUUCCCUGAAGAAGCACCUGCAGGUGCAGACUUUAGAGCCAGAGCUCCUGGGCGAGAGGAGUUUCCUUAUGAAGCGCCUUACGAUGCUCCAUGGAAUGAAUCUGAGUUUGGUUAUGGGCCACCAAGAAAUUUCAGAGGUAGAGGAGGUGGGCCAUGGCAAGACAGAAGAGGUGGGGGAAGAGGUGGUUAUCGAGGCCCAGGAUAUACUGGAGAUGGCUAUAUGAAGGACGACCCAGAAUGGGCUGGGCGUCGACCACCAACAGAAGGCGAGUAUGACGUUCAAAGGUCUUUUAAAAGAUCAGCAUCUGGUGAGCCAGGAAAUAAUAGGUCAGGUUCCCAUUCUCCAAGGAGGCGCUCUGUGGAAAGUGAAUCGGGAUCAGAAGGACGAGCAAAUGGAGUUCUUGGGUCUGCUAGAACUCUACCCGAACUUGCUCGUAAAUGUAUUAUUAUGUGGCAAGGAGCUCUUAUUCUGAAGAAUUCUCUUUUUCCUGCUAAAUUUCAUCUGACUGAUGGUGACCAAGACAUAGUUGAAAGCUUGAUGAAGGAUGAAGAAGGCAAGCAUUUACUUCGCAUAACACAGAGAUUGAGGCUCGAUCAACCUAAGCUGGAGGAUGUGUCUAAACGAAUAGCUACUUCCAGCUCUCAUGCUAUUUUCCUUGGCUUGUCAGGUUCAACUGCAGCAAUUUCAAAUGAUGAUGCAUCGGUUCAGACUCGUCCUCUUAGAAAUCUUGUCUCAUAUUUAAAACAGAAAGAAGCAGCUGGAGUAAUUUCUCUUGUCAAUAAAGAUACAGAGCUUACUGGUGUUCUUUAUGCGUUUCCUCCAUGUGCAUUUUCAACAGAACUCUUAAAACGAACGGCCCAUAAUUUAUCAGAUGAAGGUUUAAAAGAAGAUCACUUAGUUAUAGUUGUAGUUAGAGGUGGUACAGCAUAAUUGCCAAGAUGGUUAUCUGAAUAUCAUAACUUAUUUAGUAGUUCAUCGUGUGCAUGAUUUCUUAUCUGGUCACACCCAAUAUGGCUUCUUGAAAAAUAUGUUUUUAUGCAAAUGCAUUUUUGACUGCUACUUCCUGGAUGAUUCAUUAACUGAGCAUUUCCAUACAAAGUAAUGAUGAAAGUAAGUAAACUAAAAAGUUUAGGAAAAGGAUUUCCUCUCAAUAUAAGAAUUUAUGCUGAACCUCUCCUCAAUAAUUUUAUAUUUAUUUUUUGAAAAUUAUCAAUGUGGAUCUUAUGAAGCAAUAUUCAUAUAAUUAUUGUUCCAAAGUUUUGCUUUUACUAAAUAUUUUCCCGAAUUUUUAGGAAAAAAAUUUCUUUGACAUUCUUUAUUGUGAAAAGUCUUCAUAUUCAUUUUUCUGCUAUUACCUUGCACAACUUGUAAACUGAACGUGUUAGGUUUUCUCAAACUUGGAAUUUCUCAUUAGAAUUCAUCUAAGUACAUUAAUUUAAAUGAAUAAUCGACUAGAUUUGUUAUCAUUAUCUUGUUUAUAAAGUGAAUUGACUGGAAAGUGUCUAUUAAUUGAUGAAAGAAAGACAAUGUGAUUUAUGAACAAUCAUGUGUUAACAAAUAUUUAGACUCUUAUCUGUUGUACAUUGUAAACAAGUUGCUGGAAAACGUCAUAGAGUGGUCAUUGAGCACGUUGUAACUUAUGUGAAAUUGUGCGUUGUGUUGAAUUUGUGAAAGCUUUUUAUACUGACAUAAGAAUCAAAUACUCAAUUUAAACUUCAUUGCUUUCUCUUUUGAAAAACUAAUAAGUUAUUGCUAUUUGUUACUGUGAAGUGUUGCAAAGAAGUGAUGUGUGGUGUAUAGAUUUGAUGUAGAAAAUAGAUAUGAUUUCUGAAAAUG